CCCCAUCUCCCAUUCCCUCCAUCUCUCUCUCUCUCUACAAACAGAGACUGAAGCAAAGUUCUCACAUUUGGGAGAGAUGGGUUGGUUUAUGUUGUCACUCACUAUAAUGCUGGCCGUUAUCUCUGCCGUUAACUCCUGUACGCCGUCAGACCGGGCAGCUCUGUUGGCCUUCAAGGCCGCGCUGACGGAGCCGUACUUGGGCAUCUUCAACACGUGGAAGGGCACGGACUGUUGCUCAGGCUGGUACGGCGUGAGCUGCGACCCGACAACUCGCCGAGUUGCGGACAUCAACUUCCGUGGCGAGUCAGAGGACCCCAUAUUGGUGAAAGCGGGUCGGUGCGGGUACAUGACCGGGUCGAUCUCGCCCGAGAUCUGCAAGCUCGACCGACUCACCCAGCUCAUCGUCGCCGACUGGAAGGGUAUCUCCGGCGAGAUACCCAAGUGCGUGACGUCGCUGCCCUCGCUCCGGAUCCUCGACUUGAUCGGAAACAAGAUUUCGGGGGAGAUUCCGGAAGAUAUCGGGAACCUCAAGCGGCUCACGGUCCUCAACAUCGCCGAUAACGCUAUCUCCGGCAGUAUUCCGGCGUCUAUCGUGGGACUCUCCGGGUUGAUGCACCUCGACCUCAGCAACAACCAGAUCUACGGCAAGAUUCCGGCCGAUUUCGGGAAACUCCGCAUGCUGAGCCGGGCACUACUAAGCCGGAACAAGCUCACUGGAUCUAUUCCCGAGUCCAUUUCCCAAUUGUACCGGCUAGCGGACUUGGAUUUGUCUAGGAAUCAGAUUUCAGGUGGCAUACCGGAGCAACUCCGGAAAAUGACGGUUCUUUCUACUCUUAAUUUGGAUAGUAACUUGAUUUCGGGUCAAAUACCGCCGAGUCUGUUAAGUAACUCGGGUAUGGGCAUAUUGAAUUUGAGCCGAAACAGUAUCGAGGGUAACAUACCGGAUGUUUUCGGUUCCAACUCGUACUUCAUGGCAUUGGAUUUGUCGUACAAUAAUCUGAAGGGUUCGAUACCCGGUUCAUUGUCGUCGGCGAAGUAUAUCGGCCACUUGGACCUGAGCCACAACCAUCUCUGCGGGUCCAUUCCUUUGGGAUCGCCGUUCGAUCACCUGGAAGCGUCGUCGUUUUCUAACAAUGAUUGCUUGUGUGGAAACCCAUUAAGGACUUGUUAAUGGAUCGGCCGAUACAGAACCGAGUUAUCGGUCUCGGCUUGCCUAAAAAUGUCGGGUUACUAUUUAUGUGUUUUGUAAUUGGGGUGUUUUUCUUUUGAAUUAUUGAAUAUAAAUAUAAAUUCUUAAUCA